AUGGCUGGGUUUCACGCCAAAGAGGACAGGCCAACGCCCAAAGAGGUUUACAACUGGCGAUUGUAUAUCGAAGCGGCCAUCAUUGCGACGGGUUCCAUUCUUUUUGGCUACGAUUCCGCCUUCAUUGGCACUACUAUUGCGCGAGCAAGCUUCAAAUCGUCUUUCAAUAUUAGAAAGAGCGCCGCUGCGGAUAUAUCCAGCAACAUCACAUCCGCUUUCCAAGCUGGGGCCUUCUUUGGAGCCAUUUUCUGCUACCUAUUGACUGAGCGCGUGGGACGAAAAUGGGCUUUGCAGGCUAAUGUUACUGUAUUCCUACUCGGAGCAAUUCUCAUGACGGCCGCGAGCCACCAGCUGUCGUUCAUUUAUGCAGGAAGAGUCCUCACCGGUCUCGCUUGCGGUGCCAUCACCGCGACCGUCCCUAGCUACAUCGCCGAAUUGUCUGUCGUUUCUAUACGUGGUAUUCUCACGGGACUCUUUGAGGUUGCAUAUCAGCUAGGCAGCCUAGUCGGCUUUUGGAUCAACUAUGGCAUCAACCAGCACAUGGACGUCACCUCCACGGCAAGUUGGAGGGUCCCAAUGGCGGUGCAACUCAUUCCAGCUGGCAUUCUCUUUGCUGGAGGCUUCAUGCUGCAUGAGAGCCCCUUAUGGUUGAUGCGCAAAGGACGUGAAGAUGAAGCUACCAGGGUGCUUGUGGCAGUGAGAAAGUUACCGGAAUCACAUCAGUACAUCCAAGAGGACCUCGAAAUGAUUCGAAGCAGACUUGCCGACGAGUUUAGAAUAGCAGAAAAAUACGGCACUGGGUCGUGGGCUCUCUUCAGAGGUAUCCUUUACGAAUUAUCCCAAAAGGGUAUGCGAAACCGGCUGUUUUUGGUGUUUUGUGCUUUCGCCCUUCAAAACAUGUCCGGCGCCGCAGCCAUCAAUUACUAUUCUCCCACACUGUUCGCGUCGAUUGGCAUUAGCGACGUCUCACUAUACACGGGUAUAUAUGGUUUGGUCAAAGCGGUCGCGUCCAUUAUCUUCUACGGCCUUCUCAUCGACCUUUGGGGCAGACGAUAUCCAACUAUUAUUUCGUCGGCUAUGUGCUCCGUCUGCUUAUGGAUAGUUGGCGCAUAUGUGAAAAUUGGCCACCCGGCAAGUGUGAUUUCUGCGGGCGGAGAGUUGUCGCCGUCGACUGCAGCUGGUGGCAAAGCUGCAACUGCCAUGAUCAUGAUAUAUUCCGUGUUCUGGUCCUUUGGUCUUAACGGUAUUCCGUGGAUUGUGUCUGCAGAGAUCUUCCCUGGUGCUCUGCGAAAUCUGACAGGAACAUGGGCUGCCUUGAUUCAAUGGCUCACUCAGUUCGCUAUAACAAAGGCUCUGCCAUAUAUCUUCAACUCUUUCGGGUACGGCACCUGGUUCUUCUUUGCGUCGUGGAUGCUUUUGGCCACUAUUUGGGCAUUCUUCUGCCUGCCAGAAACAAAGGGACGUACACUGGAUGAAAUGGAUACCAUUUUUGGAUAUACCUCACAUGGGUCAUCCGUGUCGAUCGGCUCAGGGGGGAAGCAAGGACUUGUUGACUAUUGUGAGGAAAAAGUCUGA